AUGUCAUGCGAGAAUGCCGAAGAGGCUGCUGAGGAUGCGGUGGACCACGUGGACUCCACGGAGAGUGCUGAGGAGUCGGAGGAAGCAGCGAGCUUUGACUUCUACGCCAUCGUCGACUUCGAGUGCACCUGUGUGCGGCACACCACCGAAAGGAAGUUCAAGCACGAGAUCAUCGAAUUCCCGGUGGUCUUCUUGAAUGCCAAGACUCUCGAGGUGGAUCUGGAGUUCCACCGCUACGUGCGACCCACCGAAAAGCCAGAGCUGACGGACUUUUGCCGAGAGCUCACUGGCAUUCAGCAAGCUUGGGUCGAUGAAGCUGAUACUAUCGACGUGGUGUUGCGUGACUUCUAUGGCUUCCUGGAGGAGCAUUCCUUGUUCCAUCGCCCAUCCGAAGGAAAGCGGUGCUUCAGUUUCUGCACCGACGGACCGAUGGACAUCCAGGGCUUUCUGAAGCGCGAGACGCGGCGCAAAGGCAUGUGCUUGCGGGCCUGCUGGCAGACGUUCAUCGACGUCAAGAGAGUCUUUGGCGCAGCCUUCAAAAUGAAGCCCUGCGGCUUACAGGAGAUGCUCGCCUCGCGGAACUUGCACUUCCAAGGAAGGCCGCAUUCCGGCUUGGACGAUAGCCGGAACAUCGCGCGGCUGGUGGCUGAGCUGCUGAGAGAAGGACACGCGCUGCCCACGCUGCCGGCGGCCAAGAAGCCGAAGCCGCCGCCGACUUCGCCGACUUCGCCGCCGCCGCCGUCUGCGCCGAAGUCGAAGGGAGCCAAAGCCAAGAAGGGCCGAGGAAGAAAAGUGGAGGGUGGGCGAUCGGCGACCGCGGAGCGGAUGGGGUCGGAUCGCGCGGAUCGCUUGGGGGAUUGGAUCGAUCUGUCGACCAACACUUCCCGCGAUCCUUGCGAUCCAUGCGCCGCACGGGUUCCCCCGCUUCACACGGGUGCUCCGGUGGCCGGAAUGCAGCAGCGGGACCUGUACCUCGAGAGGGAGAAGAAGCACUGCGGCAUGAUCGGUGUUUUCGGAAGUGCGGAGGAAGUACGUUCCGAACCAUCCAGCGAGGAGGAGCCGAGCGAUGACACUGAAGAAGAGCUCAACCGUCAAAGGGCAGCUGCCUUUAUGGUUGGCCACUUCCACGUGCCGAAGUCGAGGCUCGUUCAACUCGGGCUGCCGAGCGGAGCUGGCAGAGCGAGCGUAGCCCUAGCCUUCCACGGCUCUGCCCGUGCGGAAGAAAACGGCAGGUUCGUGGCGUCCGAUGGUUGA